GCGGCUGGAAAUAUUUUUGUAAACUCCCUGAAGUUGUCAUGGCUCCCUUUGGAAGGAAUUUUUUAAAAGCGCGCCUGAAAAAUAGGUCCUCCAGCAAGGAAAUGGAGUAUGAUGGGAAAGAGAUUCAAGUAUGGGUUUGCCAGGAAGAGAAGGUGGUUUCUGGCCUGACUAAACAUACAACCUGUUCUGACGUGGUCCAAGCCUUGAUAGAGGAACAUCAGACUAUAGCUGGGGACAAGAGCCUUCUGAUAGGAAGUCCCAGGGAAUACUGCCUUGUAGAAAGAUGGAGAGGUUUUGAGAGGGCCUUGCCUCCAUUAACCAGGAUCUUGCGGCUCUGGAGGGCCUGGGGAGAUGAAAAAGCAUAUAUUCAGUUUGUUCUGGUAAAAACAGACGCCUCUGUUCCCCAACCAGGCUGGAGGUCAUCUGAGACCAAGCAAACACAUACUAAAGAGAGACAAUGGAACCAGGGACCAGCACAAUACAUGAAGUCCAUGCCAGUGAAGAAGCAGAAGAAAAUGGUGAAAAGGGCAUUCAGAAAGUUAGAGAAGAUAAAGCAGGGGACUACGCAGGAAGAGAGGGAUGGUAUGGACAGCCUGAUCAAGCUAAUUAUAUCUCAAGACCACACCAUUAGGCAGCAAAUACGAAGGAUCAGAGAACUCGACCUGGAGAUUGAACAAAAUGAGUUGGAGUUGAGAACAGAAUGGGCAGAGACUGAUGGGGGAAAUUGUGUAAAAGAUGCUUAUUUUCAAAGUCAUAACAAGAACAAAAGCAACCAGCAAGAUGUGAGUCAAUUCGAUGAGACUCUUUACACCAGUGAUGGGAUUUUACAGAUAGAAGAACAACUAGGACAGCACAGGGAGCUUAUUCAAAAGCUGUCUGAUGACAUUGAAAAAGAGAUCAGGAGUAUUUGGUUUCAGGGUGUAGAGGAUCCACAAGGGGCGGCAGCGAGUGCAGAGGAUGAAGACAAUGCUACAGAAUUAGAAAGCAUCAAAGUGGAGCUGGAAAACAGUAUGCGCAAUGGCUUGGCAAUACAUUCAGACCUUUCAAGUGUUCAGAAAGAACUGAAACAAAAUGACGUGGUGCAACAGAACAGGAAACAGGAAUUUGAGCUUUUAGCAGCUCAGCUCAGUGCAUUGCAUACCAUGGACAGUGUGGAACAACCCCAUUUUAAAGACCAGACAAAGAGCAAUGCAAUAAAAAGUAAGGUUUCACUAGUACUGUCCCAUGCAGAUGUGAUUGAUACAGACUCAGAUACAGGAAUAAGCUCUACACACAGCCAGGACUCGUCUUCUCCUUUUGGGGAGCCUCUUCCACCCAUAUAGUUUCACAAACCGCGUAUUGGAAAUAUUUAUGAAUUAAUGAUUUAAUGAAUUAAAAUAUUUAUGAAUUUAUGAUUAACGAUCCAGAAUUACAAUUCUUCAGAACACUGUUUUAAGGAAUGUUUUUUUUUUAAAGGAUUCAUAAACAUUUCUCACAUAAAACAGUUGAAAAAGGGUUUCAUUAACAGCAAACUUGAUCAAACAAAAAAGUACUUCACAAAACAUUUUGUGAAUAGGCUCAUAUUCUUUAGGACUGGAUUACAAAAUAAAAAUGAUUAUGUAUGGAGAAAAACUGCAUUUACGAGUACCAAAUAUAACAGGAUAUAUAUGUGAAUGAAAAGUUGUUACUUUUAACUCACCUUCUCCUUAUGAUCACAGACAUCCUCUAGGAUACCCACACUGUUUAUAGCUUCCUAACAAUGUACAGCAGUGACCAAAAGUCUUGCAGCAAAAUUAGUUAGAUUUAACUAAUUUUGUUUCAUAAAGUUGAAGAAACCUGCUGAAUAAUGUUACGUUAACAGAUUGAAUUACAUAC